GUAUAAAGUCCACUCUGAGGCAAUGCACAGACUUUAGGUGCAAAGCACAGAGAACAGCUGCUUGUAUAGCUGGGGGCUCAAAACAGACAUGAAGGUGCUUCUGAGAAUUGCAGUGCUUUCUAUAGCACUAGGCAUAGCUGUGAGCACAGAAGAAAUGAAUAAUGCAGCCACUCAGAUACCCCCUGAAGAUGCCUCUCCUGACUGGGGGAUUGGAGCCGUUCGGGGUGGAUUUGAAGCGGUCAAUGGUUAUUUUGACUCUUUUCUGGAACUACUCGGUGGAAGAAAUGGUGUGUGCCAAUACAAGUGCCGAUAUGGUAAAGCUCCACUUCCCAGACCAGACUACAAAUCUCCAGAACCCAAUGGCUGUAGUUCCUAUUUCCUGGGUCUCAAGGUACCAGAAAGUUUAGAUAUGGGUAUCCCUGCAAUGACAAAAUGCUGUAACCAGCUCGAUAUUUGUUAUGACACCUGUGGAGCCAACAAGUACCGAUGUGAUGCAAAGUUUCGCUGGUGUCUACAUUCCAUUUGCUCCGACCUCAAGAAAAGCUUGGGCUUCGUCUCCAAAGUUGAAGCCUGUGAAGCAAUGGCCGACACAGUCUUCAACACAGUCUGGACCCUGGGAUGUAGACCUUUCAUGAAUAGCCAAAGAGCAUCCUGUAUCUGCAAUGAGGAGGAGCGGGAAGAGCUAUAAGCAAUAUAAAGCCAUUCAGUAAUCGCGGAGUAUUGCUGUAGUCCAAAGACUGUUGAUCAAUGAAGACUACAGAGUUGCAGUGCAGCACAGCCCAGGAACUGAAGCAUUGCAUUAAUGCAGCGGUGGUCUUCUUAACUUCUGUGUGAACUUGUCACUGGCCUGAUGUGAUCCCCAGGAAUGAGACCGCUUGCAUUUUUAAAAUCCCAACUAUGUGCAGACUCGAUUGUGUCUGAAUGGCUGUUCGUCUCUCCCUGAUGACCAAGUGAAAAAUUUGAUUCCACGCUACACUGUUUUAAGUUCUAUUUCUGUAAAAAAAAUCACAGUUCAGACUAUUUAUUAUAGUUCUACUUUUUGGUUAAAAUUUUGAGUUAACU